AUGACUCCUGUGGUUUACCUGACAGGCCCCCCAACAGACAAACCACUCUGUUUGAAAUGUCCACAGAGCUUCUGUUUUCAUUUCACUCAGGUGCUGUUGCCUAUACACAUCCUGUUGACACUGUAUACAUGCUUGAUACUCCCAACUGCCCUUUUUAUUCUCUCUGCAGAGACAAAGGUAGGAGCCAAAUUACCCUUUUUCACAUAAAAAAACGUGAUUUUUAGAUUGAAAGUAUUAAUGAAUCAUUGAAAAGUUGAACAGAAAGUGUUGAAAAAACAGAGAAAACAUAAGGACGGAAUUCAAGUCAGUGAGGAGUUUUUGUCAUUCUGAAUGCUAAUUUUAGCGCUUUUAUUUUUGUAAAAUCAUUUCCAAGAAAUUUGGAUCCAAUUUCCUAAAUAUAAAAGAAAAAAAAGAAAGAAAAACACGGUGAGCUAAAAAAUUCUGCAUCCAAAAGAAAACAUUUGCCCCACUGACACCUAUUAGGGGUGGAGCUAUGGAAGGAGCAGCUGCCCCCAGUGGUGGACAUAGCAUUUUGGGGGCCCUGGGCAAACAAUAACACAGGUCCCCCUCUUCAAAAAAAAAAAAAAAAAUCCAUCGAAUAACGUCUUCACUAUUUCUCUUUUAGAUCUUGUCAGUGUCAAGAUUUCAAAUGUUUUAUGUAAAUUUAAAAAAAAUAAUGUAAAAGACAUUUAUCUUAAAUAUAUGUAACUGCUGAUGGAAUAGUCCAAUGCUACACAAGGACGGGGAGGACAAAACCAUUUUACAUAUGUAAUUUCAGUGAUUUGGGGUAUUUUGUGACCAAAUUAAAUAAUAAUAGGUGUGGAAAUAUUUUUACACUUCAUUUUUAAGUGUUAGUUCUCCCCUACCUGCCCUUCUAGCAAAAGCCCCCCGCACACACACAAUUUUUUUAAUCCAUAUUGGUGCAUUUUUUUGAAAAAGGUCAAAAAAAUCAAUAUAAACUUCUUUGAGUAUUGCAAAAAUAGCAAUCAAUAUUUGUCAAUGAUAAAAAAGAUGAUAAAUUCACCCUCCCCCACCAUAUAAAAUGUCCUAGCUCCACCCCUGAUACCAAUUUAUUUUUAUUUAUUACCCUUUAUUUAAGCAGGGUGGAUCCUAUUGAGAUUUAAAACCACUUUUUCAAGGGAUCUUGGUUGGGCGACAUUGAGUAUUUGGAUAUUGAUCCGAUACUGGUCAAUAUUGUUGAUAUAAAUACCAAUAUUGACAUUUUUUUGUAAAUGUUCUGGAUGUCACAUGUACAUGAAAAUCUAUUGUCAAUUUUUAAAUUCUUGAUACACAUAAAAAAACUAAUUAGAACAUAUUUUCAAUUAAAUGGAAAAUACUAAAAGUUUCAAACAAGAGUGCAAAUAUCGAUAUCUGCGGGCUUGAGGUCGAUACUAUCAAUAUUUUCGACCAAUCCGCCCAGUUCUAAAACCUAUUAAUGCUAAUAAAAGCACUUGGAGUCCAGAAUUUCCUUAUAAUGAAAGCUAUUUUUCAAUACAUUCAUGCGUCAAAGUGUUAAAUUUGAGCUUUUUAGAAAAAAAAACAAAUUAAAUAAAAGUAUUUUUGUGUAGCAUUAAAAAAACCCUCAUAUUGUUUGAAUGUAAGUUCAUUGGUGGGUGUUUUUUUUGCAGUGCGCGCGGAGAGGGUUUUACUAUGUGCGCAGCCAGACCCCGCCCGCUCCGCGCGCGUCACUGGCGGGUAGAGUGGACGCGGAGUCACUCCCCUGCCUACUUUUAAUAGCUUUGUCAUGUGAUGGAAAGCAGUUGUAAGACAGGUGCCCUCGGUUCAUUCUCGGCGAGGGGCAGCAGUUGCCUGUGUGCGAGCGAGUGGGAAGCGUGUGUGGAUUUCUUUUUUACUUGAUUUGCUUCUUUUUUUUUUUCUUUUUCUUUUUUUUUCUUUUUUAAUUUUUUUUUCCCCUCGGACCGUCAUUCAGUGUCUGGAUGGCGUGGGACAGGUGUAACCAAGACUCGGUGUGGACAGAAUUAGAGGUGAGCGCAUCUUAAAAAAAAAAGAAAGAAAGAAAGAAAAAUCGACUCUUGUCAUCCUUUUAUCCCUCUGGACUUUUUUUCCCUUCUUCCUCCUCAUCUCUUCUUCUCGGAACGUCGGAGGAGUCCACACUCUCCGCUCCUCUUAGUCCGCUGGCGCGCCGGCAUAGCGCGCGCCUUGGGCAAGGUUGUGGAUGCGAGGAAUCUAACCCACAACGCAGGGAUCUAUGACCAGCGGAAUAUUGCUUCUCUUUUGGCGCUCAUCAGAGUUAAAUCGUGUAGUUGUUGCGUGCGUGGGGCUGAGGAAGCAGCGCUCUCCACAGAGGAGUUGUCCAGCCGCGGACUGCGUGCGCAAAAGAGGCUGUUCACGUCGACUGAAAUGUCUCAAAGUCAGUGUGCUGCCUUGGUUGGUGAAGACCAGCCCCUCUGCCCAGACCUCCCUGAACUUGACCUCUCAGAGCUGGACGUCAGUGAUUUAGAUGCAGACAGCUUCCUGGGCGGCCUCAAAUGGUACAGUGACCAAUCAGAGAUCGUCUCCACGCAGUAUGGGAACGAGGCAUCCAAUCUUUUUGAGAAGAUAGAUGAAGAAAAUGAGGCCAACUUGCUGGCAGUGCUCACAGAGACCCUGGACAGCAUCCCGGUGGAUGAGGACGGAUUGCCUUCAUUUGAGGCCCUGGCAGAUGGGGACGUGACCAAUGCCAGUGAUCGGAGCUGUCCCUCCUCUCCCGACGGCUCGCCACGCACCCCAGAGCCGGAGGAGCCUUCCUUGCUGAAGAAGCUCCUUCUGGCACCUGCAAACUCCCAGCUCAGCUAUAAUCAAUACACAGGUGGCAAGGCACAGAACCAUGCAGCCAGCAGCAACCAUCGGAUCAGACCACCACCUGCCGUCGUCAAGAUGGAGAGCCCCUGGAAUGGCAAGGCAAGAGGGGGCUCCAGCCAACAGAACCGCCCGGUGAGGCGGCCUUGCACUGAGCUGCUGAAAUACCUAACAGCCACCGAUGACAUCCUACUCCACACCAAAGGCAGUGAACCUAAGAGCGCCUGGGGAGGUGCUAGUAGCAAAGACAAGAGCGGCCUGGGUCUUGGUGCCUCCUCGUCCUCCUCCUCGCCAUCUUCAUCCUCCACCUCCUCGUUCUCCUCCCUGUCGUCUAUAUCCUCCUCCUCCUCCUCCACCACCACAAAGAAGAAGUCAGCUCUGCCAUCUCAGCAGCCACCGCAGCAGCAUCACCAGCGAGCCAAACCAACCACCUUGCCACUUCCUUUGACCCCAGAGUCUCCAAAUGACUACAAGGGAUCACCUUUUGAGAACAAAACCAUUGAACGCACAUUAAGUGUGGAGAUUGCUGGAACCCCAGGUCUGACACCACCAACCACGCCCCCACACAAAGCCAGUCAAGAGAAUCCUUUCAAAGCAUCUCUCAAAACCAAGUUGUCCUCAUGUUCCUCCUCGGCCUUGAAAUGCAAAAGAAGCAGGUUGAGUGAGUUAGGCGCCUGCGCUGUGGCCCUUGCCCCGGGUGGCUCAGCUGGGGGCCCCGCCAGGAAGGGUCCUGAACAGACUGAGCUUUACGCGCAGCUGAGCAAAGCGUCCACCGCUCUCCCUUACACUGUCACUCCAUAUGCAGUAGGGGGCGGCUUUGAGGAGCAUCGCAGCCCUGGCAGCAACAAGCGGGCCUGUCCCCGCGGCCACAGUGACCACGAUUACUGCCAGGCAUCAGCUCGCACCAAGGCGGCUGGGGGCGCAGCCGCUGUAACCGCGGUGGAAAUGACAUUUACCCCGGGGGCCGCUGACGCCUCAGUGCCCAGUUCUGGCAAAGUAGAGCACGGGCGUGUGGAAUGUAAGGACUCGGCCAUGCCAGCAUCCUCUUCACCACCAUCUUUUUCUCCAUCUUCAGCUUCACCUGGCCCUUUGACUAAGGAGCAGACUCCGGUCUCUGUGGGAGCAGAAGCAGGUCAUUGCAGGGGCCCGGGGGAGCAAACCCUCACACAAGCCAGUCCUGUCCCCACAUUCGGGGCCACCUCCACGAGGGACCAACUGCAACUCUCUGCCACGAGCCGGAAGCCCCUGUGCGACCAGGAAAUCAGAGCAGAGCUCAACAAGCACUUUGGCCACCACCCACAAGCCCUCCACAGCCAGGGUGGCCAGGAAAAAGAGGCGAGCUGCAAGCGGAACAAGGCUACAGCCCCUCGUCCGGCUGAGGGGGGAGAAAAUGACUAUUACUCCCAGAAGCUGCUCGGCUCCAGCUACCUGCACACCGGCUUUCUGCCUUUCCACGAUGAGAUAGAGCUGGGCGAGGGCCGUGACAGUCGCUUUGUGUACCCCUGGGAGGGAACCCCUCUGGACCUACUCUUUGACUGCUCUCCCAGCUCUCCCUCCUGCUCCCCACCAUCCAGCUGCUCCCCCUCACGAGGCUCCCUCUCCCCGCCCUCCUCCCUCCUCCUGUCACCCAGCAGACCCUUCUGCUGGACCACCAGCGGAUCCCGGUCCCGCUCCCGUUCCCACUCCGGCUCCCGCAGCUCGUCAUCACGGUAUCGCAGGCGCUCCCUGUCCAGCUCCCCCGACAGACGCCCCCCUUCCUGGUCGCGUCACAGCACAGAUUUGAAUGUUUUUCGCUCCAGAGCCCACAAGAGUCCCCGCCGCCAGUCUCGCUCUCCUCUCAGCCGCAGGCCAAGGUAUGACAGCUAUGAGGAGUACCAGCAUGAGAGGCUGAAGAGGGAGGAGUAUCGCCUGGAUUAUGAGAAGCGGGAGUUUGAAAGGGCUGAGCAGAGAGAAAAGCAACGGCAAAAAGCCAUAGAGGAGAGAAGGGUGGUGUACGUGGGGCGACUGAGGUCCGACUGCACCCGGACCGAGUUGAAGCGCCGCUUUGAAGUCUUCGGAGAAAUUGAGGAAUGUGCAGUGAACUUGAGGGAUGAUGGGGACAAUUUUGGCUUCAUCACCUACCGCUAUACUUGUGACGCCUUUGCCGCCCUUGAGAACGGACACACCUUACGCAGGCCAAACGAUCCGCAGUUCGAGCUGUGCUUCGGUGGACAAAAGCAGUUCUGCAAAUCCCAUUACACAGACUUGGACUCCCAUACAGAUGACUUUGAUCCAGCCUCCACGAAAAGCAAGUAUGACUCCAUGGAUUUUGACAGUUUGCUGAGAGAGGCUCAGUGCAGUCUGCGAAGGUAACCGGUCGAGUGGCGCCCGCUGUCUGUCGCAAAGAGGGACUUUGUAUACCUCACUCUUGUUUCUCGCUCCUUUGAUGAUGAGACAAGACUACCAGAAGUUCUACGCUCUGUCAUAGAGUAUGUAAGAAUAAGUCUAUAGACCUAUAUCAUUAUAAAUGAAUAUAUUGAAAAUGAAGUUUACAUGAACAUAGCUGCUGAAGAGCUGCAAAGGGACAUCUCAUUCUGGGAGAGCCAGUGAAACCUGAAAACACGGGGUUUGAUGCACUCUACUGCUGUAGAACCACCAGUGAACGAAGAAGAAAAAAGAACUUGUAUCUGUUUUUCUCCAAGCACUACAGUACCCGCAAUCCUUUUUGUGGGGGAAGACAUGCAGCCUGUUUUAGCCAGAUGUUUUUCUUUUUUGCCUUUUAAUUUAUAAAUAUAUAUUUUUCCUUUGGAAUCUGGUGUUUGGAUCUGGUUGUUACAUUACAAGCAAAGAGUAUGAAGUUGUAUCUUGGAGGUAAAAUUCUCAAGGUAAAAUUGUUGUCUACAUUUAAGGAGAAAUGUAGCCGUGUAUUUACAAAUACUAUAAAAAUGAAUAUUUUUAUUUUAUGUACAUAUGAAAGUUCUUUAUUUGUUACAGCUAUGCACUGUAAAACACAGCCUUUUUUAAAAUGAAGAGAAAAUUUCUUAAUUCAGAAUGUCGAUCUGUAGUCGUGACAAUACUGUAAAACAUAUUGUACACCUACAUGAUGUUUAGAAGACCUGCUAUGAUUGUAGAAAUGGGAAAAGAAAAAAAAAUGUUGUGUCUGAUUGCUCAGUUUUGGGGGAGCAUGUGAACAAGUGUCUUUUUUUACGUUAUUUUCUUGGGGAAAAGAAAAGUCAACCAUUUUUAAAGUUUGUUAAUCAGUGUUUUAGUGUUUUUUGCUUAAACAGAAAAAAAAUGUAAAAUGCAUUUUUAACAUGUUUUUCAUGAUUGUAAAAAAAGGUUACUCCAUCUUUCCCCACAUUUGUAAUUAAGUUCUUACUCAAACAAUCAGAAUAUAUGCAGUAAUAUAUAUAUAUAUAUAUAUAUAUAUAUAUAUAUAUAUAUAUAUAGUCUAUAUAAAUAUAGACAAUUUGUUUGAUUGAGUUUUUGAUUUAUUUUGCCUGUAAAAGACGAUUCUGCUGUCAAAUAUUUUUAAUCAGUACAAGCAUAUUUAUGUAUUUAUUUGAAUCAAAAAAUAUUUAUGGUCCCCAUUUUUAUGGUGUACCUCAUGAGAUUUGUUUUUUUGCUAUUUAUGUUAUGUCUUGAUUUUGUUAUUUAACUUGCAAUCACUAGACAGGGUGUACAGCAAAUGAUUUGGUGGGAUAGUAUUACCUUCUAUGCCUUUUUCAAAACAGUGAAAACAUUCAAGCUAAUCAGUUUGGCCCUUGGACUCUUUUUAUCCUGUUGGCAGUUUGUCUCCACUAAUCAGUCCGAUCAUCAGCACCUAACUGGGUUUUCUUCCAUACAUAUAGACACAAGACACGAAGCAAUAAAAUUAUUUUUGCAGGAAAAUUUUGUUGCUCCGCUGUGUAAACGUGCUGCCAUCACUCCGCUCAUGCUCGAUUAUGUGAAUGCCAAACUAAAGUUUACAAUUUCUUUUUCCAGAAUUUUUUAAAGAUCUUGUAUUUGAUGUACAAUACCUAUAAAUACAUAUAAAUAUAUAAAUAUAUAUAUAAAUCAUUAUUAUUAUUCACAAUUACAAAGGAUAAAUGAUAAUGGCGCUCAUAAAAUAAAUCAGAAAAAUAAGGAUAUAAAAAGCAAUAAAUUAUUUUUUAGAGUUGCAUUUUAGCUCCUAUUGUGUGAGUUUUUUGGACUUGACCCAUUACCCAGUCGCUGGUAGUUAAGAUUCCUCCAUUCCAGUAUGUCGGCGAAUUCCCCCCCCCCUACGUCACGUGCGGUGAACACUUGAAUGUCCCCUCUCCCCGCCCCCGCUCUUCCCUUUAAGAUGUACAGUAGCUGAGUCUUAUGUGAUUGUUAUGCACGCAUUACCUUGUGACAUCUGUGCAAACGUGACUGACUCUUUACUCCACCCUGUGUGUAAAAAAAUGUGUCGAGUUGAAACUGUUUGUUGUGUAGUGCAUGGCUUUUACGGGACAGCAGUCAGUACAGCCUCAACCGUUUUGGAUAUCUGCCUCUCAGCCAUCUGAGCUGGCAGAGCUUAAAUGACUUUCUAUUAGCCUAGAAGACGAAAAAAAAGAAGAAAAAAAAUUACUCAACAAUGUAUCGCAUGCCGCACCCUUCCACUACACACACACACUCCAGAUAUCACAGCGCCGUCAACGUGACAUAAAAGGUAACCUUGCGGUUUCUGGUUCAAUUAAUAUCCCGUUUCUAGCUCAGGCCAAGUAAUGAGAGAACCAGCUUCCAUCACAGGAAGAAAAAGUCUUUUGUGUAAAAGCUUUGCUGAUCACAGACUUCCUUUCAUGGAGUUUGACUGAGGAGACAAGAAAAUGCUAAUUUUUAUGAUGCAAAGAGGUAGGAAUUGGUUCAGGGAAUGAUCAGAACAAAAAAAAUCUUUUACCUAUAUAUUAGAGAUUGUUUUACUUUUUUAUUCUUUUAUUUUCUCUCCUUUGUUUUGCUGUCUGUAUAGCGUUUGGGUAAUGGUGUCGUGUCCCAUUUGAUAGAUGUGGCUUUAAUCAUUGUAAUAAAUGAAGAAAAAAAAGCUUUGUAAAUUGCAUAGAGUAGCAAUAUAUUAUAACACCUCCUGGUUCCAAUUUCAGCUGUGGCAGACUUUUUAAUAAUAUGACCCAUUGAGUACUUUGCCACUGCUUAAACGUUUGUUGGGUAAUCUUGUUUCCUUUUGGAAGGACAAAAUGUUUAUUGGCAAAUAAUAUGUGUGUGUGUGUGUGUGUGGUUUUCGGUUGGUAUGUGUGCGUUUCUGAAUGUGUGGGGGUGGGGGUUGUCGCUUUGGGUUGUUACCUGUUUGUGUCCUCUCCACGUUGCCUUCUGCCAAGUCCUUACCAAUGCCUUUUGUGGUUCUACCUAUUGUACGACUUUUUUGUGAACUUUAUUUUUUAUGUGCAAUUGUCAUCAGCCUCACCAUGCCAAUAAAGGGAAAUGUGUUUGAACAAAAAAAAAAAAAAAAAGAAA